GAGAGUUUCCAGUCUCUCUGUAUCCCGGGUCUGCGCUACAUCUCUCUGUCUCCUCACAUCCGGGAUCCGGGGUUUCUUUUUAAUCUAAGUGUUCUCUCUCGUCAGUUCUCUCUCGUUUUGUCUCGUUUGCCUCGAACCCCCCUUCCUUCCUUCCUUCCUUUCUUUCCUUUCCUUUUUUAAUUUUUCGGUGUCGUGCUUCCUUCCUUCCUUCCUUCCUCCUGGUCCUCGUCCAUCCUUCUUCUUCUUCCUCCUCCUCCUCCUCCUUCCUCCUCCUCCUCCUCCUACUCCUCCUACUACUCUUCCUCCUCUCUCUCAAAUCAUUUCCAUUCAGAAAUCGCGUCGUCGUCGUCGUCGUCAUCGUCUCUCCUUCACCUGAGAAUCUUUUGCCCCCAUUUCGAAAGAAAACCCAAAAGCAUUUUCGUUUCCCGUUCAGUUGGAGAAGCGACUCUACCAGUUUACCCAUAGAAAAUAUAAGUCCUACAAAGUUUCCGUAACACUUCAAGGAUCUUAUCCAAAAACCAAAAACCCAGUGACAAAAAAACCCCCGUUUCAUUUCGAGCAUCUUCUCCAAAACUUCGUUCGUUGCUCAUAAAAGAUUAUUACCUGUUUUUCCUCGACAGUCAAAUCUCGUAAGGCCCUUUUGAUCUUCUUCUGAUUCCCAGAAACCUGCAUUCUCCUCUUGAACCUAUUCAAAAAUAAAAUAAAAUUUAAAAAAAACAUACACACACAUACACACGCAACAGCUCUCACGGUUUCUUUUACCUGAAUUCAUAAAAAAAGACAAAAACUUUGACCUGAAUUGAUUAACAGAAAGGAUACGAAAAAGGAAACUUCUAUGCAAUCAAUUCUUAACAGUGCCUAAUUGACUAACCUUUAUUCACGCAGGAAUCAAUCAUCAUCAUAAGCCCCAGGUUCCAUCAUUCGCUCAUCACCGAGAUAAUUGUCAUUGCCAGAUGGUAUAGAUACGUAUAUGUGUAUAUAUAUGCAUAUAUAAAAACGUAGCUGUCAUUACUUUUGUUCUCGCUCCCAGAAAAAAAAUAAAUAUAUAUAUCAUUAACUAAACUGAUAUAAGUCUCGCUCAAAACCUAUUUUUAAUCAGCUGUCAUCCGUCACCGAAAUUCGGUUCAACUCAGCCACGAUUGAAACCACCAGAAUCAGAUAACUCCGAAAUUUCAAGGUUGUUAACCUCUUUUAGAGUACCGGUAGCACCUAUUGUAAACCUUCCCUGACCUCCCACUACCCAGUUCCCCCCCUUCCACAGCUCCAUUACCGUAGGUAUCAAAUCUCCCUCCAAAACCCCGUGUUCCUCGAACAAGUGUAUACUGCAAUAUAUUGUGUACCCUGUCCUCCAAACAGAGCCUUAUAGCCAAGCGUUUUCAGUAAGUUCCUUCCCCACCUUUUUGAUUAUCCUUUUUUUUUAAUUCAAGUCACCCGCCUGAGGACGGUGUCCUCGGCCUCCUCUCCAAUCAGGAGGACCAACAAGAAGUCAACGGGAGACUAAGAAGAAGAAGAAGAAGACGAAGAAAAGAAGAAGAAUCCAGAACGGAAAAGCGUACACUGUGGACACUAAAAAAACAAAAAAACAAAAAAAAACUUUUUCUCAAGUCUUUCACAUGUGAAACUUUACAGCAAUAAUACUCAUAUUUAAUUAUUAUAUCCGUAACGAUAAGAGGAAAAUAGUUGGUUUAGCGAAAAGAGAUAAAUUGUUCGGAAGAUACAUCAAGAAGACGCGGAAAGAGGAAGAAAGACACUUUUGUCUUUUGCAUGGUAUAACCGGAAGGAGAGAAAGAGAGAGAAAAAAACAUUACAAGCAAUAAACCAAGACGAGAAAGCAAUAAUCGUAACAAUAAAAAGAAAGGUAUAAGGAGACGCCAUCGAGAGUUUUGAUAGAUCUGAUAACGAGUACUGAGAACGGCAGGACAUUUGCAAAAUAAUUCCCAGACAAAAUUGGGUGCGAAAUUGAGCCACCUCCAGGAGACAUCGCGUUUCAUUCUGAGUGUCCCAGGUAUAACAUAAUCUCCUGCGCCUCGCUUGUGUUUCAAAGCCUUAAUUAUUCUCAAGAGAAGAAGGAAGAAGAACUCGCUCGAAAGGCCAUCGUCAUUACAGGAGUGAAGUGACAGCUCAACUUGAAGUGAACCUUGGUCACUGUCAAACGUUUCGAAAGUCCUCUACUUAGAGUCCUGCAAGACUCCCUUCUUGAAUUCUCUGUUGGCUGAUUUGGUCGAAAGUCCUGCGACAGGGGAAUUACUGCUUGCAGUCAGCUAGAGAGAAUUCUACUACUGUGAAAGUCCAUUGUUAAAUCUCAGAAAGUCCCAUCAUCAUCGUCCCGUCCUUGCACAGCCGAUAUAGACCUAAGUCCCCCCCUCCUGAUACUUCCAGUAGUCCGUCCUAAUCCAAAAAGAGAGAGAGAGUGUCAGAGAAGAAGAAGUGACGUGAAGAGGCGAGACAACAACCCCUUCUUUCGGCGAACUCCAUCGGAAUCACCCGUCCCCCGCCAAGCCUCUUGGUCUCGCUGCUGAGAAUUCUGACUCGAAGUCAGUUUCCCGAGGGAACUCCGCCCGAGGAGCCAGCGAGGCUGUCAGGUACUGGAGACCUCGAGCGGCCGGAGACCUUUCUUCGUCCACGUGAGGAGGAAGAUCUGUUUCACAAGGGGAUUCUAAGAACUACUUUGAAAAAAAGAAAAGAGACGGUUGUUAUUUCUCGCGGAACUGCCAGAAGCCCAAGAGCCUUCAAGACGUUACUUUCCCCUCGAAAGGUCUGAAGGACUCUGCGCGUGCGCGUUGCAAGAAGCAGAACUUGAGAGGCAAGAACAGCAAAAAAGUUAAAAGAGAGAAAUCGGUAAAAAGAUUCGCCACUUUGAGAAUCCGAUUAUUAUGAGCAAUAUUUGUUCGACAAGAUAAUAAAAGCAUUAGUAAACAGAAGCUUCCAGUUAGGUUCUGGAAAGGAAAAUAAAAAAAAGAUAUUUGAAAAGUUUUGGAAGCCAAGUUUGCCGCAGCAUUUUUUAACGAAGGAGAGAGAAAGAAAAUCUCAGACCCUGAAAAGCUUGAAGUCACAGUGCAAGGCUUGAAGUCGGCAAAUUAGUGUAAAGCAAAAAAGCUCAAAUAGAAAAAGAAGAAAACAAGCAGCGGAAAUAAAAGAAGACCAUUUUACCGCAAAUGCUGAAAUUGCUUGGAAACUAAGAACGAAAAAGGAAGUAAUAUCAUCCCUCCUGCCUCAUCCUGGUAUAACCUUAAUAAUAGUGUCCAGUUUGUGCCCAUUUCGUUAGGACAUAACCUUCAAACCACUACCAGCUUACUUGUCCCCUUCCCCAACGUAUGCGUAUAUAUACCUGUGUGUAUGUGUGUGCGUCUUUGUGUAUAGACACGUAAGUAUCCAGAUACACAAAUCGACAGACAAUACAGUUAUUAUCCCUCCCAUUCGUCUCUCUUUUGGAAGAUUUCUCUCGUCCUCGCAACCUCUGCAGCACUGAACUGAAAAGGUGCCAUUUGGCUCCUCGUCCUUCCUUCCUUCCUUCCUCGAUCACUCUUAACCAUAUCACGUCGCAGUUGUUGUAUCCUGAAGCCGUAGGAGAGCUUUACAGGCACAUCUUGUGCCAUCCCAAUUUAUAUAUCGAUACAUAUAUAUACUAUAUAUAUAAAUAUAUAUAUACACUUCGGAAACUCUCUUUUUGGUAACUUGGUGCGAUCCAAGCGCGGCUUCCCUGCUUUCUGAAAAGCAGUUUGUUAGCAAACGCAAAAUAAAAUAUAUAUAAUAUAUAUAUAUAUAAAAUUACAUUCAUUCAUUCACACUCGAGUCAAUAGAGCUCCCGCUAAUAAAGAAUCGUUUUUAGCCGUUGUUGUAACCGUUAUCGUUGAAUCUGUUAUCUAAAAGUUGCUAAUAAGUAAGAAGUUAACUUGUAUCAAGUCGAGACAAUUUUAUACCGACACUGAUUUGUUGGUGUUUUGUCAAUAAGCUCGUCGCUGUGAACGUCUUCUGCCGCCGACUCUGCUCAGAGAUUUCUUGAGGUCAGUCCCGCGAGAGGCGUUUCCCUUUUACUGGCUGUUGAAGUUUUAUAGUUGUGAAAAAGAAUCAUUAUCUAUUUACUGGUACUGAAUUGGAGUGUUUGAAGCAGGAGAGUGGUAAAAAAAAAUACAUGAAACAAUAAAAAAAUAAAUAAAUAAAUAAGACGGUUUGUUGUUCUCACCUUCUCGUAGUCUUCCUAUGGGAUUCGUCAGGGGUACUAUUUUUAGCUUUAUUGUUUGUAAAUCGGGAGAUCGUGGGUCGUCGUGGUCGUCGUCGUCGUCUUCUGUCGCAGUCGCCGUUUCUCUGCCGAACCAGUACAAAUCCAGAAGAACGUCUUGUGCGUAAAAAAACGGAUUCAAAACAGACAGAGAGAGAAAAAUACUAAUAUUAGAGAGGUACACGCUAGCUGUACUUUUCUACCCCAGUCGAAAUCUCAAUAAGAAAAUAUAUACAUACUACAUAUACUUUCCGAAACCCCUCCCUCGUAUACGGUGACCUGAUUAUCUCAAUACCCUCCACGCCACCCCGCCGCCGCCGCCACUCCGCCCCCCCGUCCCUUGGCUGCAACCCCGAAAAAGAGAGAGAGACAGAGAGAACCCCUCAACCUCCUCCCUCUUCCUUGGUGUCCCAUAACCGACCCUUUCUCGCGCACAUACUCUAAGCAAUAAGUAUCAUCGGUUAGGGUUACCGCCGCGUACCAAGCAAAGAUGGCGGGCAGAUUCGCAGGUGCCCGUAUGGGCAUGGCCAACCAGAAGAAAAAUGAGUCUGCCAUGAACAAACGCAACAGGAGCAAGGACCAUAGUAGUCUGCAAGCGUCCCAAGGGAGGCGCGCCUCCAUUCUGUCCUCCAUCUCUCAACUGGGCGGAAGCAAGGCCAGGAGCAAGAGUGGAUCCGUCGAUGCAGUGCCCAAGAGCCAGUCGGGCAAGGCGGGAGCCGCCCAGAAACUCGGGACGCCCUCCAAGACAGGAAGCAAGACCCAGGUGGCCAAACCCAGCGCCCAGAAGACUCAGGUCAAGCAGGCCCCAACGAAGGCACAACAGCAAGCCCCAGUCGCCGUGAAGGGCGGCAAGAAGGGCAAGAAGGGGCAUAAGCACCAGCAGUAUGACUUGAUCGUGACCAUCGACUUGGUGGAAUACGGCCUCACAGACGACCUUGUGGCUGAGUUCAAGGAGGCCUUCAUGCUCUUCGACAAAGACGAGGACGGAAUGAUCACCACAGCUGAGCUGGGCGUGGUCAUGAGGUCGCUCGGUCAGCGACCAUCAGAAACAGAGCUGAGGAAGCUGGUCGGAGGCGUCGAGACCUGCGCUGAUGGAACGAUUGAAUUCAACGAGUUCCUUCAGAUGAUGAGCAAAAAGUUGAAGGAUAUCGGCAAUGAGGAUGAGUUGAAGGAAGCCUUCAAGGUCUUCGACAAGAAGAAAUCCGGCUACCUGUCCUCCACAGAACUUCGUCACGUCAUGACAAGCAUGGGCGAGAAGUUGUCUGAACAGGAGGUCGAAGACAUGAUUAAAGAAGCCACUCCAAACGGUGAUGGCAGAGUUAAUUACGAAGAGUUCGUCAACAUCAUUGCAAGAAAGCACUGAUUUUCCAGUGCGAAACCAUCUACAAAGACAGCUGCACCAAGAUGCAGCGUCGACGACGUUACCAGGCAUCGGUAUACAACAAAUCUAGUUCAGGAGCAACGUUGCCAAGCAUUGUGAAAGAUCAAGUUAUCAAAUCAAAAGAAGGAUGAAUUCAUGCGUCAUAUCUUGACUCUUGGAUAAAAAUGUACACAUUUAACUCAGAUUGAAUGCGAGAAUGCAUUGCAAGCAUAAUAUUUUAUUAAUUAAUCGCCGUGACGAAAAUUUUGUCGAAAUUGAAAUCUACCCGAUCGAUUUUCUGACUCGUGAUCAUCGUAUGAGUUACGUGUGAAUUCAUCCUGUUUGCCACCGAAUACAGUAUAACCACGUAGAAGUUGAUGUAAGCGGGGUCUUUGAGUGUGAAAUCUUUGAUUCUACUUAGCAAACAGUGCGCUAAACCCGUAGGAAUUUAAGCUAAGCUGUAGGUACGUUAAAGUUGAAAUAUAGAACAGAAAUAUAGGCUUAUGAAUGUUUUACCAUGGCCAUCAUUGUAGAGGACAUCUCCCUAUUCACCGUGUAAGAGCCGUCACGCGCUCGAGACAAAGCGGGAUUUUUGUCUUACCUUCUCGCUACCUACUGUAUCAUCAAAGGAGCCUCUUUAGGAGAUGAGGAAGGCGUUGAACUUCGUACUACGAAUAGGCAACAGUUUUGCUGCUCCGUGGAAGAUUAUGUUAGGUGGAAAUUCAUAGACAUAUAGAAGACGUGUUUGGGAAUAGAGUUUUAGACAAUAGUUUUCCGUAGACUUUAGAGCUGACAAGUGAUCCAAAGCUCUAUAGAUGAAAAAUGGACAUUAGGUUUUGAGAUGGAAUAAGCUCGGUAUACAUUAUAUACAGUCACUGAAUAAACAAAUCUGUUGAUUUACAUUUUCUCACUGAAUUUGUGUAUGUCAGUGUACGUAUGUAAAGAUAUGUGCCAAAAGCCACAUGUCAGUGAGCGCGUGUACGUGUGUGUUGUGCGUGUAUGUGUACAUUUGAAAUAUUCAGACAAAUGAAUCAUUUGUUUUGUAUAUUUAUGAACUGACAGUCUGCCAUUGUUUGUAUCAUUCGUAAAUCUAAAGUCCCUAUUUCUGUAUCUUCAUGUAUGGUAGUUAUUGUGUCGAGCUUAACAUGUUAGCAAUGUGUAAUAAUAUAAUAGGUCACAUAAAAUGUCCAGGUUAGGUCUAUCUGUAGAAAGUGGGAGGAAGGUCACAUCUUGCAGGUGAAAAUCAGCGGCGUGAGAAGAGCAAACCAAGAAGAAGAGGAAGAAGAAGAAGAAGAAGAAAGUCUCUUAAAGAGGGGUCGUUCCAGAGAGAUAUCUGUCUCACAAUCAUCUGGACAGAGAGGUGAAGGUCUACAGGGACCUCAGAGAAGACGCAGACAAGACUUGUAGACUUAUGGCUCCUUCCGAGGAUCGACCCGUCGAGGACGACCUUGGAGUCUUGUGUCUCAUGACGUGGAGAAGGCAUUCAACGAGAGAUCCCACCCUCCGUCAGAAGAUAUCUCACAAUAAUUGAAUUGGAACGGAUAAAAGGGUAACCCUGGAAAUGAGGUCAGCCUAGAGCAGGGUAUAAUAUUGGGAGAUUGAUUUCGUAAAUGUUGGAGAAUUCUUGUGAAAGGUCACUGUAAGGUUGUUCUG